UUCAAUUUUCCUGGACCAGAUGACGAGAGAACGAACUUCCUCCCCCACGACAGAAGAAAUAAGGAGAGGCGGGAAGAGGGAGAAGUGGAGGAACCCUGAGGCCGCAGAACGGCGGUGGUAGUGAUGCCAUGUGGUUGUCCCUUCUCCUGUGUGUAGGCCUGGCCUCAGCGUCCAUCCAGCCGGAACGCCAGGUUCUCCAGCACAUCGAGGAGUCCGUGCAGGACCUAAUCGACGAUUCCAACGCAACCAAAAGACUGCUCUUCGAUGACAUUUUCUUCGGGAUUGGAGAUUCAGAACCGGAAGAGAAGGAGACCUCCAUCAACUGCUCUUGUAAGUGUGGUGUGGUGAACCAGGAGAUCCGGAUAGUAGGGGGCAGGCCGACGGGUGUCAACCGCUACCCCUGGGUUGCCAGGAUCCUUUACGACGGCCAGUUCCACUGCGGAGGGUCCUUGCUCAAUGGAGACUUCGUCUUGACAGCGGCGCACUGCGUCAGAAGGUUGAAAAGGUCUAAGAUCCGGGUGAUCCUCGGCGACCACGACCAGUACGUGACUACGGACGCACCCGCUGUGAUGAGGGCUGUAUCGGCGAUCAUAAGGCACAGGAACUUCGACGUCAACUCCUACAACCACGACAUCGCGCUGCUAAAGCUGAGGAAGUCCGUUGCUUUCUCCAAGAGUAUAAGGCCAGUCUGCCUACCUUCUUCAGAUCUCGACCCAUCUGGCAAAGUGGGGACGGUGGUCGGAUGGGGUCGACUUUCUGAAGGAGGUAGCCUGGCCUCGGAGGUGCAAGAAGUACAAGUUCCUAUCCUGACCCUGCAACAGUGCAGGUCUACGAAGUACCGCCCUUCCAGGAUAACGCCCAACAUGGUCUGCGCUGGAAUAGGGAAGGAAGACUCCUGCCAGGGUGACAGCGGUGGACCACUUUUGGUCAACAGUGAAGGAGAGAAGUACCAGAUAGUGGGUAUCGUCUCUUGGGGAGUCGGCUGCGGAAGGCCUGGGUACCCAGGGGUCUACACCAGGGUAACUAGUUAUCUCAACUGGGUGAAGAGGAAUAUGAGAGAGUCCUGUGCCUGUUACUGAAGAAAUUGCCUUCAAAUCGCUUGGCUGCAAACCCGCCUUACUUUAGUGAUUCAAGGCUGUUGUAAUUUCACAAAUUGAACCAACAAGCCAUAGUUUAUUUAUAUUUAUUUUCUGUUUUAUAAAAAUUAUGAAUGUUACAUCAAGAAGUUGAAAAAAAAAAAUGUUAUGAGUGGUUGUAAUUUAUCAAAAAGAAAUUUGUGAUUUUAAAUACUAGAUACACUUCUGAUGUAAAAUGAAAAUAUUAAGUAUGCAUUAAAAAAUAAUAAAAUGAAAAAUACUUGCUGUCCUCAAAAUUUUCAAGAUAAUAUUUGAAAUAUUUUUCGAUAUUGCCCUCAUGAAAUCAAAAUUAGCUUACGAAAAAUUUUGAAAAUAACAGUUCCUUUUAUAGAGUUUCACCUUUACAGAUUACAACAAAUUUAUUGAUUUUUCUUAUUUUGGUCUUUUGAUUCUCGUCGCAAAGAAGGUAAUUUAAGGAAGAUCUUUAUAUAUAUUGUAUGGACUAUCACAAUGCCAUUUAAUUAACUUUAUACCCAUUUUCACUAGUAAGUAUUUAAUAGAUCAACUAUUGAAUGAUAUACAAUACUUGCUUGUUAGUGAAUAGAUACAUGUUUUAAAGGGACACUGUAACAACACAAAAACAGCUCAGAAUUAUACAUAGUUGGAAGAUUACAUUUAAAACCUUUAUCACUAAUAAAUACUUACGGUAUAUAUUUUUCUAAGGCUUCAAAGAAAAAAAUAUGUUAUUUCAAUGUUAUUGCUUGUUUUAACUCUUGUAAUAGUUUUUUUUUAUAAAACUAAAUGGAAGGCUCAACAAAUACUAGUUUAUCAA